AUGACAGAGGCGAAAGGAGCAAGCACACCUAUGGAUACAGCCUAUCCAAUGCUAGAAGGAGAAGAUGAUCUUCUCACAUCCAAUGAACAAUACAGACAAGCAGUGGGGGCACUUCUCUACAUUGCAACCACUACACGUCCAGACAUUGCAGCCAGCAUGUCUCUUCUUUGCAGGCGAGUUGAUAAACCACGUCAAAGAGACUGGAAUGCGAUCAAAAGAGUUAUGAGAUAUCUGAAACAGACAAAAGACUUAAAUUUGAAACUGUCAGCAAGUGGUGAUUUAAACCUCGUGGGAUAUGUGGACUCCGAUUGGGCAGGUGAUCACAGCACAUGCAAAUCCACAAGUGGUUACUUAUUAAAAUUGGGAGACAGUCCUAUAUCAUGGUCCAGCAAGAAACAGAUGCCAGUGGCGUUGUCCUCUACAGAAGCUGAAUACAUAUCUGCAGCUUAUGCCAGUAAAGAAGUUGUGUGGUUACAGCAAUUACUCAAGGAUCUUGGAGAAGCAACAUCAGAACCUACCGUCUUAUUUGAGGACAAUCAGACUUGCAUUAAGCUUGCAACAAGUGAGAAGAUUAAUGGAAGAACCAAGCACAUCGAUGUCAGACAUCAUUACAUUCAUGACUUAGUUGAUCAGAAAGUGAUUGUACUUGUGUAUUGUGAGUCAGAAAAAAUGAUUGCUGAUGCUUUGACAAAGCCACUAGCUAGAAACAGAUUUGUGGAUCUUGGAUCAGAAAUGGGAUUGACAUAGAUAGUAGAUGUUGAGUGGGGAUGUUAGCAUACAAGGUUUGUAUUUUAUGAGCAACAACCACUGUAUGUCAUUGCUAUGUGCCUACGACAUUGUAUGACCACUAGAUGGCAGUGUUACGUUUGUGAGUUCAUGUUUUGUCUAUGCCUCAUAAGUAAUAAAGAGAUCCUGUUCCUGUUGCAGUGUUCAGUGAAACAACAGACUGUCUGCCUGUCUUUGUUUAGCCUCAAAAGGUUAUGUCUAACAAAUAUUGUAUUAAAUGUAUUAUUCAAUUA